AUGGGUCGACCGCCAUGCUGUGAUAAAGUGGGAGUGAAGAAAGGUCCAUGGACUCCUGAGGAAGACAUAAUGUUAGUCACAUACAUUCAAGAACAUGGUCCUGGGAAUUGGAGGGCUGUUCCUACUACUACAGGGUUGAGUAGAUGCAGUAAGAGCUGUAGGCUUAGGUGGGCUAAUUACCUUAGGCCCGGGAUUAAAAGGGGUAACUUCACAGAUGAUGAGGAGAAAAUGAUAAUCGAGCUUCAAGCCCUUUUGGGCAACAAAUGGGCUGCAAUAGCUUCUUAUCUACCAGAGAGAACAGACAAUGACAUUAAAAACUAUUGGAAUACCCAUAUGAAGAAGAAGCUCAGAAAGCUUCAAACUGGCUCCAAUGAUCACUCUGAAGAUGGAUUAUCAAGUACUUCUCACUCAAUUUCCAGAGGUCAGUGGGAGAGGAGGCUCCAAACUGAUGUCCACACUGCCAAACGAGCCCUAAAUAAUGCCUUGUCACUGGACAACCCGAGCCUUGUACCUGAACUGAAGCCCUCUAAUGGGUAUUACUGUUAUAAUAAACCAAGCCAAGCAUGUGCCUAUGCAUCAAACACUGAGAACAUUGCUAGAUUGCUCCAAGGAUGGAUGAAGCCAAAGGCUGAGAAAAUUAUAUCUUCAAGUACUCAGCUUUCCAUCGAUAAUGGUGUGACUGAUUCUAUGUCCAGUGAGGCAUUUAAAUCGCGGUUUGGUUUUGAGUCUUUUGACUCCUCAAAUUCUGAUUUUUCUCAAUCUUUGUCUCCUGAGGCUAGUCUCUUCCAAGGUGAAAGCAAACCAGAUCCCACUGCCAUUGAAUUUGGACGAUUGUCCAUGCUUGAGAAUUGGUUGUUUGAUGAAGGUGUUGUUCAAGGGAAAGAAGAUUUGAUUGACUUCUCAUUUGAUGAAACUACAAAUUUGUUUUAG